AUGGAAAAUUACACAUAUGCAAUCAAGAUUGUUAUGGUCGGCGAAACUAACGUUGGGAAAUCGUCACUGCGGAAAUUGUUUAUCAAUAAUGUCUUCGACCCACUAAUCCGACCAACUAUAGGUGUCGACUUGUCUUACAAAAUGAUCGAACAGGACGACGAGACCAUUCGCAUAGAAAUUCGUGAUACUGCUGGGCUUGAGAGGUAUCAGUCGAUACCAGCAAUGCUCUUUAGAAACUGUCUUGGUGCUGUUGUAGUAUAUGACAUAACCUCGAGAGAGUCGUUUGAUCAAACGAAGAAAUGGCUUGACCUCUUUAAGAAUUAUGGAGGGUAUAAAGACACAACGAAGAACAUCUUUCUUGUUGGGAAUAAAAGUGACUUGUCAACACAACGAAAUGUCUCGAAAGAGGAGGGAGUGACUUAUGCGCAAAAUUGCCAAAACAUGAACGUCGUCUUCACAGAGACUUCCGCUAAAGAGAGUAACGGAUUUUGUGAACAACUGAUGAAUUUCAUUCACAAAUUGGCGGAGAUGUAUAAAAAAGCUAUUAAAAUACAUCCAGAGGACGAAAAGGUCGUUAUCACAGCUUUGCCUAAACACAACAAAUGCUGCUGA